CUGCUCCUAACAUUUUUCAGCUAAUGAAUUACACAUUUGGAACAAUAUUAUCAACCAGUCCACUGUUGUUAAAUUUUGUACAGGUGACCGGAGCACAAAAACCUGAUGCUGAUCAAAUGCCAGCAGGAUGGGACAACAAACUAUGAUCAGUGUCGGAAUGGGGUAAAAAAAAAGGAAUUUAAGUUUCUUGACAGUUUACAUUCCAAAGCUGUCAUGUGAUGCAUUUCAAGAAAAUGUGAAGUAAAAAAAGACCACAUGAACACUUUUCAAAACAUUCCAUUAUUAUUCAUUCCAUUUUUGAUUUAUAUAUUUAUGUAAUUUAUUGUAUAAUACAUUCCAAGUGUAAAUUGACAUCAUGACAGACUUUUAUCAAGCUGUGAGUGAUUUUAGAAUGCGGAAUAUUGACUCUAAUGGCUUACAUGAAAUUAUUGGUGAGUUUGCACCCCUGAUCGGUGUAGCAAUGGAAAAAACAAGGUCUCAAGACUCUGAAGACUCAUUGGAAGGUAAAAAAGAAGAUCUAGAUACUGAUGUGGAUGUUAAGCCUAAUGUUAACAUUCUUAAACAGGCUAUGGAUGAGUCAGAAUGUGAUAAAAGUAAGGUUGUCAUGCAGGGACCUGACUUCAAGGUUGUUGAAAAUAAUGCUCUAGAUUUGACAUUCAAAACCCAAGAUGAAAUCAAACAAGAACCUCUCGAUCCUGAUGAGGAUAUUAAAACAAAAUUGAGAGACGCUUUGUCAAGAAAGAGAGCCAAUCCAGAUACAUUUCUUAUUAAUGGAAUAGUUGAAAAGAAGAGACUCAAGUCUGAAUAUCCAGAUGAUAGUAUAGUAUUUGUACAGCCUGUGACUGCGUUAAAGAUACCAAUGUACACAAAGAAAGAGGAUAGAAUGAGUCCUCAACUUCUGUCAAACACACCAACAGAGUCAGAUCCUUUUCCUUUAGGAAGGCUAGUUAUAAAAGAAGAACCAGGUUUAGAAAAUGAGACUCCUGGGUUAAAUGAAAGAACUACAGGUAUUGCAGAAUCAGAUGAAGGUUGUGGGCAAGUUGGGCUUCUUUACGACGUCAAAACUGUCAAUAACAUCACAUAUUACCAAUGUAAGUUGUGUCCAUUAAUUGUAGAAUCAACGUACCUUCUUAGUAGACAUUUGAUAACACAUGGUGAGAAAAUGAAACCUCAUAAAUGUGACCAGUGCUCAAAAGCAUUUGGCCAGAAAAGUGAUCUGGUUCGACACAUGAAUAUCCAUAAUGAAACGAGAAAUUUUAAGUGCUCAGUCUGUGGAAAGGCAUUUAAACGCUCCGACUACCUCACAAAACACGAACGCCAGUAUUGCGGUGUAAUGAAGCCACACAAGUGUCAGAGAUGUCACAAGGGUUUUGAAGAAGAGAAUCAGCUCCUUGAGCACACGUGUGCUUGCACUAAUGAUGGGAAGUCAUUUUCCUGCGAGCAUUGCAAAGCAGAAUUUGAGACGGUGGAUGGCCUGGUGGAGCACAGGAAAAGUCACAUGAAACAGGAGCAGGAGUAUACUUGCAACAAAUGUGGCGAGUCCUUCAUUGGAUUCUCAAACUAUGUGGAUCACUUCAGGAAACACAACACAGAGAAGCCAUAUACCUGUGACAUGUGUGGGAAGGGGUUCUCCAGGAACCAUAACCUGAUGACCCACAUGUGGAUCCAUAACCAGGAGAAACAGCACACCUGCCAGAUCUGUGCCAAAACUUUCACCUACUUCAGUAACCUACAGGUCCACCUGCGUGUUCAUCGUAACGAGCGUCCAUACAUCUGCAAGCAAUGUGACAAGGGCUUCCUGACAAGCUCCGACCUACGACGACAUCAGCGCACGCACAGUGGAGAAAAGCCAUACAAGUGUAAGCAGUGUCCAGCCGAGUAUGCACGCAAGGAACGUCUCAUAGCGCACUUGGUGACACAUGUUGAGCAAGGGGCUUCAAUGCAUGAUGGCAGCUCAAGUGAGAACAGUCUGGGUAUGGAUGAUUCUUCGAAAGAUGGAACACAGAUUUUCUCAACAGCGAAUGACAAGCCGACAGGUUCGGCUGAAAAUGGUUAUGUGGUUAUAAAACAGGAAGUUAUAACUAUUAAGGAGGAAAUCAAGGAUGAAAGUUAUUAAUAUGAUUAAGUUCCAUUGCCAGGGAUGUCAUUUGUAUGCGGGUUCGGAGAUUGCAUUGGAUCUAUUGGUUCCAGGGACCAAAUUAAACGAAAUGAUUUUUAGCUCACCUGUCAUGUAGUGACAAGGUGAGCUUUUGUGAUAAUUCUUCGUCCGUCGUCCGUCCGUCCGUCCGUCCGUCCGUCCGUUCACAAUUGCUUGUGAACACAAUAGAGGUCACAAUUUUGACCUAAUCUUUAUGAAACUUGGUCAGACUGAUCAUCUCUAUAAAAUCUAGGUCAAGUUCGAUAUUGGGUCAUCUGGGGUCAAAAACUAGGUCACUAGGUCAAUUAGUAGAAAAACCUUGUGAACACAAUAGAGGUCACAAUUUUAGCCUAAUCUCAAUGCAACUUGGUCAGAAUGGUCAUCUCUAUAAAAUCUAGGUCAAGUUCGAUAUUGGGUCAUCCGCGGUCAAUAAUUAGGUCACUA